GAACUUCUACACCAUUUAUUAGCCUAGCACGAUUCAAGAUGGACGCCGAAAUGGCUGAAGAUAAACUUUGGGGCGAAAUUCCCGAGUUCUCUUCAAAUCCUACGCCUUCUGUCGAGGAUGUUAUCGAACCUAAAGCAGUAGAGUACGAAGUYCCUCGUCUUCAUCAGCCAUCGUCGGAAAGCUACCCUCCAAAAGACGAGUUACCAACAGAAUUUCUUCCGAGCGUUAAGUGCCCUGUUGAUAAGCAUAAACAAAAYCUAAUGCUGCACUCCAUCGAGCUUCAGUAUCACAAGCGUAGAAUGAGACUUGUACUAAUGGCUGCACAACACCAACAAGCGGAAGCAGGAAAAUCAGAGAGUAAUGAUAUCCAUCAAACUCUACCAGCRCAYCCACCCAGACCAAGUAGAUUUUGUUCCAGCCAAGGAAUAAUAACCCCACCUACAAAUUCAACAUUGUUGGCGAGGAUACAUUCACAYCAUAGUGCUAGUGAUAGUCUUCCAAAACUAAGCUACCCACACCUUGACAGUGCUUCAAACAGGCAGCUUUUACUAAGAUCUGUGGCUUCAAUUUGUGCCUUUUCAGGAUUUGAAAUGUGCAAUGAAUCAGCUCUUGAAACUCUAACAGACRGUUUACAUGACUUUAUUACUCGCUUGUGUAAAGUACUUCGAUCAGCAGUUGAUGACGAAGCAAGGACUGGUCAUACACCUUUCCCGGAUGUUCUUGAUGGCGCCUUACAUGAGAUUGGUCUUGGAGGAGCUUCAGCUGUUCAAAAGUACUGGAAAAACACCAUUCAAGAUUAUGCUUUGCGUUUACAAAGAGAGGACAAUUUGCUGAUCCAGCAGUACCAGAAACUAUCAGAUCCUUCAUUGAGAACUAGAUACCAUGAAGAAACAACACUAGCACCUGUGAAAAUUGAAGAAGAUUUGGAGGGGAAGUAUUCAUCUUCUGCUGCCUUCAGAAGACUUUCAACAAGUGAUCAAACCUCAGAAGGAUUAUUGAGUCCAUAUGGUGUGCCUUCAAAUGGAAAUGGAACAGGUCAGUAG